AUGCUUUUCUUGAUGCUAAUUUGCCUAAAUUUAGGGUUUGAUUUGCCCAUCAGCACCGACCCGAGUUUACGCGGCGGCGGGAAUUUGGUCGCGGCGAGGAGGCUGGUUUUGGUGUUGGGAGUGCAUGAAAUGAUGGUGUUGUGGAGGCGGAGUGUGGUGAAGCCGGUGGUGGACGAGGCGGUUUCGGGAUUCGGGUGGGCGGAGAAGGCGGUUUUGGCGGCGGCGUUAGGGUAUGUGUCGUCGCGGAGGUUGAGGGGAGAGGUUGAGGCGCUGGCAGCGAUGCUGCGGAGAAGGACGGAACUGGGGAUGCGUGUGGAAGCGGCGGACGUUUUAGGGUGGUGGUUGUAUUAUUUGACGGCGGUGAUAGGUUGUGUUAAGGUGAUUAAAGGGUUGUUUUGGGUAGCAAACAAAUUUUACAGACAUAUUUGUAGAAUAUCGGUUCUAAGCAAUCAAUUAGCUGAACAGUUGGUGUAG